CCAAACUUAAAAAUAAUGGCGGGUGCUGGGAAAUUCCUAAAUCAUCAUUUGCAUAUUGUUGAAAAUUAACAUUAAAAAAAAAUGAUGAAGUGAUUGUGACUAAACAUCUGGAAACAGAGAGCAAUGGGUGAGGAAGAGUUUAGGGUGCGAUGUGUUGUCUCCGAUGAAGGGAAUGGAGAAGACAAGGCUACAGAAGCAAUGAAGAAUGCCCACAAGAGCCUGAUUGAGGAGGGCUUCAGUGUUGAGUGGAUGAAGGAUUCAGAAUGCUUAAGGAUAAAUAAGAAAGAGAAGAAUUGUGUCUAUCUCUAUGAUCCAUUUGGAGGCAAAUCUUUCAACCAUAUCAGAAACUUAGGAUGCAGGAUAUUUGGACCCCUGUGCAUUUUGUCUUCUUUGGAGUAUAAACUUGAUAUCCCUAAGAGGAAUGUUCCAGUCUAUAACCUCGCCAUGAAGGAUGUGGUAGUGUGUUGUACCAAUCUUGUCAAACAGCUACGAAAUGAGCUCCAUGAGAAGGUGGAGGCUAUGGGGGGCACAGUCAGUAGGGACCUUACCAGUAGUGUCACCCACCUCAUCGCGGGGGAGGUGGGCAGCAAGAAGUACCAGGUGGCAGCAUCUGCUGGGAAACAAAUUUACCUCCCAAGUUGGGUGAACAAAGUCUGGGAAGCAUCUCAAACCAAACACAUCCACGGAAGCAGCAGUCAGUUCCUGGAGUAUUCCUGUCCGAUCUUUAAAGGCCUGGUCAUUACCGUGUCAGGUCUAGACUCUGAGGAAAGGAACCAGGUCAAAAAAGCCGUGGAGGACGAAGGUGGUAAAUACACAGGAGAGAUGAAAGUCAACGAGUGUACACACCUGAUCAUCAACAAACCUAAAGGUGCAAAAUAUGAAUUUGCCAAGAAAUGGCGUAUCAACAUUGUUAAGUCGGAUUGGCUGUAUGACUCCAUAGAGAAGGGGUACUGUCUGGAGGAGAAACAGUUCAGCCUUACUGACAAUUCAGAGACCAAGGCAGAGGUCAAAACCUCCACCCCAGAGAAAGACAAUGGCCCCAGGGAUCGGAUGUCCACUCUGGCAGACAUCAGCUGUAUAUCCAAUGUAUCGAUUAUACAGACGACGCACCUCAACGAGACAUCCUCCACGACACAGAACAGGCGGUCAACCGGAGAGUUUGAGACGACAGUUGAGUCCAUCGAUUUGACCAAGUCCACAUCAGAUCGUUUUCUGGAUGGCUGCAAGAUUUACCUGAGUGGAUUCAGGGGUGUUGCCCUGGAAAAAUUACGGAAAGUUAUCAAUGCAGGAGGAGCCACGAGGUUGAACACUCUCAGUGAAAAUGUCACCCACGCUGUGAUUGGUGAGAGAACUGAGAAAGAUCUUGAGACGUUGAAAACUGCAGCAUUCAGACCCCACGUAGUGACGCCGGUGUGGAUGGCGGAGUGCUUCCGACAGGGCUUCACGGUCAACGAGGAUCCGUACAGACUACCAGAGUUCCCUCCCUUAGAUCCCCAGUCUCCACAAGUAAAAGGAAAGAAGAGGCUUUCAGAUUCAAAGAAAGAAGAGACAAAGGAGAAGACAAAGGAAAUGCCGGGUUCACAGGAAGGGGACGAUGAAUUCUCAGACAUCAUGAGCCAGUAUCUCCUUCAGGCCGAUCAAGGUCCAGCUCCGUCAGGUGAGAGAACUGUGAUAGACAAGGCAGAUGUUCCCGUCGCUCCAGAGGAGGAGGAGAAAGGGACACAGGACCCAGGUCAAGAAAUUGAAGAAGAAGAGGGACCAAUAUUCAACAAGAAGGUGUUCAUGUUUUAUGGAUUUGAAGAAGAGCAUGAGAAAGAGCUUGGAGAGUACAUCGAAGAGAAGGGAGGGAAGAUCCUGAAGGCUACUAGUCGUGGGAUACCUGACUAUGCUGUCGUGCCAAUUGAUGGGUUUCCCGUUGACCGUACCGUUAAUGAAAUUGUCACCAACGCUUGGCUGCAAAUGUGUUUGGAGCAGGACCAGCUGUUGGCGGUGUCCAGUAACGUCCUCUUCUCUCCCAUGGACAUCAAGAUGGACGCCACGCCCCUCACCGGCUGUGUGCUCUCUGUCAGUGGCUUUGCUGGAACAGAGAGGGACUGUCUGAUGCAUAUAGCAGAGAUCCUCGGGGCAGAGUGCCAAGAAUAUUUUGUUCGUAAGGCCAACAAAGACUUGAAGGCCAGUACGCAUCUGGUUGUCAAGGAAGCGGAAGGUUCCAAAUAUCAAGCAGCCAAAAAAUGGAACAUUCCAGCCAUCUCCAAGAGGUGGAUAUUCAAAUGUGCUCAAACUGGGGAAUGGGCCCCAGAAGAGAAUUACCUGAUAGAGAAUGACCCGCCAGAAUCUCAGGACCCCACCACAAGUGUUCAAAUACCUGUCACGACAGGUGCUCAACCUAACGAUGCCAAACAAUCACCGCACGACCAAAACAAUCAAAGUGCCGCAGCUGAUGAUGUCGAGGAGGACAUGGAGUGUGAUAAACCAGUAGGUGCCCCUCCCAGUACACCCCCUGUCUCCCCGGACAAGACAGGUGCCCCAUCCAAUGAUACAGGUGCUGAUAAUGACAAAAAUAAUGCCACCAAAAGUGAGAAUAAUGAGACCAGUCUAGUGCUGGAAAAGGAGAAAUCAGGGCAUGGAUCCAAGGAUAAAACAGAGGUGUGGGAGUCUGGGAUGGAGACCAAUCAGGACGAUCUGAUAAUGCUGGAGAUGGACCCAGGGGAGAGCAGCAGGAGGGGCUCCCAGAGGGGCGCAGAAAGGCAGGGGCCAGCAGAGGGGCAGGAGUCUGCGGUGAUCACAGAGAGUCAGAAAGAAAACAUUGUCUCAGUAAACACACCAAAACUGACCAACCAAAGAGUCAAGGAGUUGAAGACAGCGGAGAGGGAGACCACCCCACGUAACUCUUCACGGAGGGAAAGUCUGAACGAGUCGUCGGGUUCACUGGACCUGGAGAAGUCCUUCCAUCCACGAUUUGACUUCUCAGAUGUUCUGAAGAAUUUGGAGACUCCAGAGGGUCAGAAGGGAAAACAGAGGAAACUUGGAAAGAGGAAGUCCAGUCUGCCUUUUGAUGAGUUGUUUGAGGUGGCCAUUCAUGCAGCGGCCAAGUUUACGACAGAGUACAAGGCCUCAGAGACCGCUGACGAGGUGGACGGGGUCUGUGACUCGGCCAAUGAGGACACAGCGAGGCCCCUGAGGGGUGUGGUUAUUUACGUCAGUAAGAAGUUGAGUGGACAGCAGGCCGAGUUGAACGACCUUGUGGCAGAGUUAGGUGGUGACUACAAAUGGCAGUAUGAUGCCAGCUGUACACACUUUGUCUUCCAGGGAAAGACAAAUGACACAACGAAAGAAUUCCGAGUAGCGCGAGAGCAGAAAAAGAUCAUUGUGUCGCCUUUGUGGAUUCGCCUGUGUAAAGAACAGAACGUGCGAGUGGACGAGUCUCUGUUUCCUCACACCUAUAAUCCCAACAUGACCCUGUCCAUGGUUAAGAAAGCCACCCCAGGUCGGAGCUCUCCGGUGAAAUCAGUGAGCAGACGCAACACUCCGCAGAGAGGGACCAGAAGAUCUACUCGAGCCAGCAAACAGUCGGAAAGCUCCGAUGUUGAAGAUGUGCCAAAUGACUCUCCAGUUACCAAAGCAACAGACCACAAAUCCACAGAAAACAUAUCAGCUAAAAGGGGCAGGAACUUCUCUCCUGAGCCGGACAGUAAACGACAGAGGGUGUCCUCGGGGAACGAGAGUGUUUCAGAUGACAAGGAAACUGACAAACAGGAAGCUGAGUUUGUAGAGAUGGGUGGUACCUUAGAUUACAGAGAAGAGUUGGCCAAACAGCUGAAGGAGGAUAUGGCCGGGGCCAAAACAAAGAGACCACAGGGAAGAAGGAAGAGUAGAAAACUGAAUUCGAGCGGUCAGAUGAACAUGUCUGGGGAGGGAUCCAGUAACGACAGUGGCCUACAGAGUCGCCCAGGGUCACGCACAAAUCGCUGGAGCAUGAAUGAGGAGCAGAAAGAGGCUCAAAAGGCGUCAGAGGUUCAACCAAAGGAAGGAUCUCUGCCAGAGUCGUCCCAGACGGUCCAUGUGAUGUGGGACGAUCCGACCGGACGUUUGGAGCAGGAGAGGCUAGCCCACAAACUCCAGCGGGCGUGUAGCCCCACCCAGGAUCCGGGCAUUGCUCCCGAGGUGAUGGAUGCCCAGUUUUCCGACAUUGAGGAUGAAAACAUCUUACCCCAGCUAUCAGAGAAUGAAACUGAAAAAAGGCUGUCCUCGCCCCUAGCAGCACCACCUGUAGCAUUUCACAAACAAUCGGAGCAGAGUGUCCCGGCCCCCCAGCCUGUGAUGAUAGAGGAGGAGGAGGAUGAGGGGCCAGAACCCACCCCGCCCAUCUUCAUCCUGUCAGGGAUGUCACAGGAGGAGAGAGAUGAUUAUGGAGUGCUGGUAGAGAGUCUUGGAGGGAAGAUGUUGGAUGGUCAGAACUUUGACCCCACCUGUACUCACCUGGUGAUAGGUGUACCAGCCAGAAAUGAAAAGUUUUUGGCUUGUGUGGCUUCAGGGAAGUGGGUGUUACACAAAUCUUACUUUGAGGCUUGUAGACAAGAGGGCAAAUUUGUACAGGAGGAUUUCUAUGAGUGGGGAGGGGAGGGGACGGUCAGUCUCCUGGACAAAAUGAACCCAGCCAUCAAGAAACUGUGUGAGGCGGCCCACCGAUGGAGAAUCCAAAUCAACUCCUCGUCACAGUCCUGUGUUGGAGCCUUCAGUGAGUGGAAAGUGAUUUUGUGUACAGAUCGCAAGAAAGAGGACAACUUCCGUAGAUUGUUGGAGGCAGGAGGCGCCACUGUCCUGAAUCUCAAACCACCCUUUAAUAAAUCGGUGUCUGCCAGUCAUGCGUUUGUUGAACUGAACAAAGUAGAAAUGUCUGAGAGUGACCUUGUGACCCUUGUGAAGUGCGGCGUGGUUUGUGUCAAACCAGACUUCAUCGCGGCUCACCUGACGAACAGUCCAGCACCCAACCCAGAGGAUUACUGUCCGUCAGAGGUCAAAACACUGCUACAGAGUCUCUCUGGAAAAAGAAAAACAUCUUCCAGUGAUGACAGCCGAAAAAGAUCAAGAAGAUGACAACCUCCGAUUUUUAAACAUCUUGUGUUCAACCGGACUUAAAACCUAUUAAUGAAUUGUAUAUUUUAAAUUAUUCAAGUUAAAUACUGGCAAUAUUUAACUAGGUUUCAAAUGCCAUUCAUCAAGGAUUAUUUGUGAAAUAAAUCAAUAUUCACAAAAUUCAGGUUACAGUUUUUAAUGUGUUCGUAACAAAACUUCAAAUUGUGAAGCAUUUUAUGAUGAGGAUGUUACUGUAGUUUCAUAAAUAUUCGAUGGUAUAAUUUUCGAGGAUAAAGUGAAAAUCACAGUUUCAAGGAUACGUAAAUUCGUGGCCAAUGACCCUAUCAAUACAAAAUGUUAAUAGAAAUUGCACUUCAAUGAACACUUAAUUUCGUGGAUCAAAUGAAUAACGAAAUCCACGAAAAUUGGUAUUCAACGAAUAUUGAUGAAACCACAGUAUUUUGUAAAUGAUAUUUUGUAUGGAUUUCUUUGUGAACAUUUUAUCGUAAUAAAAUCUUUACAAUAUACACUUUU